AGGCUCAGAGUACGAUAAUCUGGCACGGCGCUGAGACUGGCAGCUCCAAUCGGCGGCCGUCGGGGCAGUACAACAGUGACGUUCGUGUGGGGUGAAUCGCUCUCCGGCUCGGCAGUGUAAUCUCUCUAAUACACCAGUGCCACAGUGCCACAAGCCAGCAGAGGCCUCCGUGCGUUGAUAAUGCGGGUAGGGCCACUGGCAGUAGGCGGAACUUGAAGCGCUAAAGCCGUAGUGACAGUGAGUGGUGUUGGUGUGGUGGUGGUGGUGGUGACGGUGUGGUGGUGAGGAUCAACGAGCCGGCAAGAUGAUGGCUGACGGGCGCCUGGUGGGGGACGGGUCUUGGGAGCUCCACGUGCAAGUGACCGACCUGCAGGUGGAGCGGGUGCUGAGAGUGAAGAGUGACCUGCACAUCGGCGGGGUGAUGCUGCGGCUGGUGGAGGAGCUGGACAUUGCAAUUGACUGGUCGGAUCAUGCACUCUGGUGGCCCAAGAAGAACAUGUGGCUGACCCACACGCGCUCCACCCUGGACCAGUACGGGGUGAGCGCCGCCGCAGAGCUGGAGUUCACGCCGAUGCACAAAAAUCUGCGCGUCCAGAUGCCUGACCUGCGCUUCAUGGACUUCAGGGUCGACUUCUCCAAGAAGACCUUCAAUGCCGUGAUACAGCUGUGCAAGCAACUUGGCAUCCGUUACCCCGAGGAGCUGUCUUUCUGCAAGCCCCUGACACAGGACGACCUCAAGCACAACUACAGCGAGAAGCAGAUGAAGAAGAAGGCCGCGGCGACCGUCAAGAACGGCACGCCGGCCGACACCAACUCCUUCAUCUCCAACAAGAGCCACAACUCCACCAACGGCUCCCUUGACCGCUCCGGCGGAUCCAACCACAAUCACACCCUCAACUCCACCGCCAGGACGCCCAUCAGCUCCCCGGGAGGCACCUGGAAGCACAACACAAGCAACAAUGGCAUCGGGAGCCUGAACACCACCAUAGACAGUGUGGACGGCAUGGAUGACCUGCGGUCGUCCCUGACCAACUCCCCGGCCCACCUGUCCCAUGAGGUGCGCGGCAAGGCCCUGCGCCCCAAGUCCCUCCUGGAGAAGGCCAGGAUGAACGUGGCAUGGCUUGACUCAUCCCUGUCCAUCAUGGAGCAGGGUGUUCGAGAGCACAGCACACUGCUGCUUCGCUUCAAGUUCUUCUCAUUUUACGACCUAAACCCUAAAUAUGAUGCCGUGCGCAUCAACCUCAUCUACGAGCAAGCCAAGUGGGGGAUUCUCAAUGAGGAGAUUGACUGCACUGAGGAAGAGAUGCUCAUGUUUGCUGCCCUCCAACUGCAAGUCAACCUGCAAGUGAACAAGCCACAGCCGGAGCCCAACAUGGGGGGCGAGGACGACAUCGACCGUGCCCUCAGCGAGCUCCAAAUGUCCCUCGAGGGCUCCCAUGUGUCCUCCAACCCAGCGGACAUCAUGCAGAUCCCUGAGCUGGCCGAUUACCUCAGGUUCAUGAAGCCUCGGCGGUUCACCCUGAAGGGCUUCAAGCAGUAUUACUUUACCUGUAAGGACAUGUGCCUCCGCUACUACAAGAGCGCUGAAAACACUAAUGAGGAGCCAAUAGAGAAGAUCAGCUUACGGGGCUGCGAGGUCACCCCAGACGUCAACAUUGCCCAGCAGCGCUAUGGUGUCAAACUGGAAGCGCCGGCCCCUGAUGGCAUGACGGACUACAUCAUCAGGUUUGCCACGGAAGACCAGUACGCUCGUUGGUUGGCUGCCAUGCGCCUGGCCUCCAAGGGGAAGUCACUGGCAGACUCAUCCUACGACAGUGAGGUCAAGUCCAUCCAGGCGUUCCUUGCCAUGCAGCACCCGACCUCCCCGCUGAUCAACCCCGAGUCCCUUGACAUCCAGCCUGAGGACUACAUGUCGCCACGCUACUCACGCCGCAUCAGAGGGAAGGGGGGUUGGUGUGCAGGCCCAUAUCCUGAAUAUAUGGCUGUGCAGCGCAUCCUUGAGGCGCACGGCAAUGUGAAGGACCUGCCGCUGGUGGACGCCAAGCUGCAGUACAUCCGGGCGUGGCAGGCGCUGCCGGACUAUGGCAUCGCACUCUUCCUCGUCAAGCACAUGGGACACAAGCGUGAGGAGCUGCUGGGCGUGGCCUUCAACAGGAUAAUGAGAAUGGAUCCCGGCACUGGCGAUCACAUCAAGACAUGGCGCUACAACACAAUGAAGGCCUGGAAUGUGAACUGGGAGACGCGACACAUGAUGAUCCAAUUUGAGCAGGACAACGUUGUGUUCUCGUGCCUCACCGCAGACUGCAAGGUGGUUCACGAGUUCAUCGGAGGCUACAUCUUCCUGUCCAUGCGUACAAAGGAUGCCAACCAGAACUUGAACGAGGACCUCUUCCACAAGCUGACCGGCGGCUGGGUCUGAGGGGCAGGCACAGGCUGGGCCGUUAACGCUGGUCAUGGUGUGUCAGUAAAGUUUGUGUACACGUAAACAUUUGGAACUUAUUUUAUUCUCCGAAGGGAAGUUGUUGAAGAAGAGAUUUUAAGGUUAAUCUUGCCAGUUCAUGUUGUCAAUCAAGCUUCCACAUAGAUAUUUGGAACUUUUAUUGUUAUUGAAAAAUUGUUAUUGAUGAAGAGUUUUAACAGUAUCUUGCCAUUUACAUGUUACUAUAAUGUAAAAGAAGAUUUAUAGAAGUAAAUAUGAAAAGUCUAUUUUAGCUACUUACAGAUGUUGAUGCUGACAAAUCUUGUUGGAGAAAUUUUAUAAUAUGGAAGAGCUGCACUGAAUUACUGAAUAAGCUUCUAAAUAUUGCACACUUAACCCAGUAGCAGCGGGGAUCAUGUUUCUUAAUGGUCCCUUCAAGUGAGAAAAAUGAGAAAAAAUCACCCCUCACACAAACCAUUUCAUAAGAUAUAUCAAAGCAUUUGUGAUCAGUUUAUGUAUCAUCUAUUUUUGGGGGUUAAAAUCAUGGCACAAAUUUGUCCCGUCGCUGCUACAUGGUUAAGCCACAAAUUUGGCCCGUCGCUGCUACACGGUAAAGCCACAAAUUUGGCCCGUCGCUGCUACCGGGUUAAUAUACCAAUCUGUGGACUGAAUUAUGACAUGGCUUCCACCAUAUCAUUUUUUAUAUAACACACUCACUCAGUAUUGUUCCCCAUAGUCAUGGGCUUAGUUACUCCAUAAGCUUUAGUUACAUCAUGUGGAGCAGUGCUUCCAUUCCCUUGUGUUCAUCUAAUAAAUAUAUUGUCACUAUUUAUCAUUGUAUAGUUCUGAUGCUUCCAAAGGAGUGGCAUGACAGAAAGGUCCUCAUCCUUGUCUUCCCAUGCUCGGAGUAAUCUCAAAUCCGUCUAACCUUUUUUGCAAAUACAUUUUAAAUCUUUCAUUCUGCUUCAUUCACCUGUUCAUCUACUCUUCCAGCAUGUAUUAUUACCUGUCAUUUCUUCAGUCCAGUUGCCCUUUCUGUACACCUCUAAGCCACUGUUUAUAUUGUCUUUGAUCGCUCUGCCACUUUGGAUUUGUGGUCAAGUGAAGAGCUUGUCUGUGCUUGUGCUGUGACCCUCGCACACGCUGAGCUGCACACAGCACAGGACUUGUUUUUCCUCUGCAUUACUUAGGAAAAGUGGCAUUUGCCAACAGGAAUGCACAAACAGUGGAUAACAAUCAGGCCUAGAAUAUCCCUGAGUUAACAUGUCUCUACUUGGUUCCUCUUUUGUAAAUAUAUAGAGUAAGUAAAUUUUGUCCAUGCAGACCAGCCAGUCAGAGCUGCCAGCCAGAGCUCUCAUGUUUGUGCCAGGUUUGUCUCAAGUUAUGUCAAGAAUGUAAAUUUUUAGAUAAGCUUAUUGCAAUACCUACUUAUGUAUGGAUUUUGUCUUCCUACCUUAUAUUAUUUUAUUCAGAAUGUAAGCAAAGUGUAGCGUGGGAAAGAUUUUAAAGUGUCAAGUGUUGAGUGGGUUGCAUGCAAAGUUUAGUCUCAGUAUUUCACACUGUCUAGAAUAUCAAGAAGAGUAGCUCAAGACUAUUGUGAAAACCUAAGAAAUUCAGUCUGGUUAUGAUCUUGUAUAUAGUACUAUAGAAGAGCACGCAUCUAGUGGGUUGUCACCAUUGUCCUGUCUUGCUGCGUUGCCUGUGUGCUGCUGCUGCUGCCGUCAGGGGUGUUGUGGUGGGCGGGGGCAGGCAUGGGUCAGGAAGCCCGGCCAGCACAGCGGCAGCACUCAUUAGCAACUCAGACACGUGCAGAUGCUGACAUUCAGUUGCCUUUUGUUUUGCUUGCUUUGUUUUAUUUUUAUGAUGUUAAAUAUUUUAAUGCAUAAUAAUUUGUAAAGUGCUAUGUAGUUACUUGACUAGAUAGUUUAACAAUACAAUAUUUAUUGUAAGUACAGUGUAUUGAACUGCAAAUUUUGAUUUUAAAUUCAUCUGAUUCAUCGUCAUCAAUGUAAACCAAAAAGUAAGAUGCGGAAAAAUGUGACCAUCUCACCUUGUGUUCACGUCCACUAACAUGUCCCACACAGGCCUCUCAGCACUUGGUGGAGGCCUGGCUCAAGGUUUGCCAACUUGCUUGUGUCUCCCUUCCUGUGCUCAAAACACUAGACAAUCAUGGACAAAGAACUGGGCUGGCACAAAAGUCACUUUCAUUGCAGCACUGUAGAAAUGCUUUAAUAGGUUAGUUCUUGCCAACUGUUAUCAUACCACAUGCCAUGUCAACAUGUACACAAAGUACUAUUCAAAGACAUAUAUAGAAAUUCGAAAAGGCAUUGUAAGAGGGAGUAGGAAUCUUGGUCAGAAAUGUUGUACCCCAAACUAUUUAUGUUUUUAUAUUUUUUUAUGCAUUGAGCACUUGGCCAAUAGUCUGGUGGGUUUAGUGUGCUCAGGACAGAUACAGUGUCUAAACCUCAAACAGACUGCAUUAUUCAAUAUUGAGGCUCAUGUGUGCAUACUAUAUAUAUGUGUGUGUAAAUGAUACAAGUAAGUCAUGUGUGUGUGUGUGUGUGUGUGUGUGUGUGUGUUGGUGAGCAUGAGGUAUGAUUGUGCUUGCUGUGUCUGUAUGAAGGCCAGGUGUUGCACAGACUCAUCACAGUGUGUCUGCAGCGCCUGGCUGUGGUAAGUACUCGGAAAUAAUGCGCAUCUGUCAAAAUUAUCUCUGCAUCACAAGGUAUUCAGUCCUGUGUGUCAGAAUGCAACCAAUGAGUUAAUAUCCAUAAAGUUCAAAUGGUAAAAAAAAAAGAUCCACUCUGGCAAUCUGUUAUAGUUUAGAUAAUGUAUAGUAUCCUUAUGGAAGUAUUUAUUGAAAAACAACAGUGAAGGGAAGCAGUUUUGACAUUCAUCUGAUACAACCCUCAAAGCCUCCCAAGACAAUGUGCCGAGUCACAGGGUUGCUGGAAGGUGUGUGUUGGGUAGCCGUUCAGCUUGCUUAAGUACAAGAUCAGAAUCAUCCAAACAUCCAGAUAGUUGUGGCUUAUAUUCUGAGUUUUAUACUUAGUUGAAAUCCAUCCAUGAAGAAGCUGCUGGUCAAGGGUUCCUGCGGCUGUGGCGGGACAAACCUUGCCUGUUCAUGGUGUUUGCCAACGUUAGCCUUAUUAAUGGUGCCUACUAUGCAUUUAAUGCUGAAAUAUAUGUAUAAUACAAUGCU